AUGAAGUCAGAUGCUGUGAUUUUCUCUGUUGCCUAUUGGCAUCUCUCAAUGUUUGUGAAGUACUUAAAACAUUUUCUCUUGUUUUUCGUUUUCUUGGAGUGGUGGGAUAGGAUUGGGGGCAGAGAUAACGGCACAACCAGAUCUAGAGUGAUUGGAUCUGCUCCUAUAGAGGCUCAGCUAAUAUCUUCUCAGUUUCAGUUGACUUCUUUCUUCCCAAGGCCUCCAUCAACUAUGAUCCCCUUCUCUCGCUUUGGAUAA